AUGUUCUGUGGGGACGUGAGAACGGUGGUACAGGAGAGGGCAGGGGGGAGGGAUGACGGCCUGUGGACUCCGGCUUCGCUGGAUAAGCAGCUGAUGAGCAAGCCCCUCAUUGCCUUUCCUUCCUUGAUCAUGCUCCCUCUUGUGGUCGUGCUCUCUCGUCUAUCUGCUUUCCUCCUUGCUGUUUCCGUCUUCCCGCCCCAGUGUUCCCACCAUCCCUGCGCAUUCCUCCUAACCAUUCUCCCCCCCCCCUCCCCCUCCCCUCGAUUCCUCCCGCCCAUUCAUUCCUUCCACCCAUCCAUCCGCCCAUCCCUCCCGUCCAUUCCUCCGCGCGGCUCAUGUCUCCCGCCCGUGCAGCGCCUCAUUGACCCGCCAGUCCCCUUGGAAACAAAGGAUCCCGACGAAGUGGUGGAAUCAGAAUUCUUUGGCACACGCCAGGCCUUCCUGUCGCUGUGCCAAGCUCUCCUUGCUCAUGCCACUACCUGCACCCCCUCCCGUCCCCCCCACCCCCAGCGCCCCAUCGACCCGCUAGUACCAGCAGAAAACAAAGGACCCAGAGGAGGUGGUGGAGUCCGUCCCAUCGACCCGCUGGUUCCUUCCGAAACAAAGGACCCCGACGAAGUGGUGGAGUCGGAGUUCUUUGACACACGCCAGGCCUUCCUGUCGCUGUGCCAGGGCAACCACUACCAGUACGACACUCUCCGCCGCACCAAGCACUCCUCCCUCAUGAGGCCCAUCGACCCGCCAGUCCCUACGGAAACAAAAGAUCCGGAUGAAGUGGUGGAGUCUGAAUUCUUUGACACGCGGCAGGCGUUUCUCUCUCUCUGCCAGGGCAACCACUACCAGUACGACACGCUGCGCCGCGCCAAGCACUCGUCGCUCAUGGUGCUCUACCACCUGCACAACCCCACCGCGCCCGCCUUCGUUGUCACCUGCAACGCGUGCCAGCGCGACAUUGAGAACCGGCAGGGGUGGCGGUGCGAGCAGUGUCCGGAUUAUGAUGUGUGCGCCCAGUGCAAGGACACGUGUGGACACCCGCACCCGCUGGUGUCGCAUGCGAGCCAGCCGGAUAGGAACGCGCAGAGCCAGGAGGGACGGCAGCAGCGUAUCAAGGAGGUGCGGAAGAUGCUGGAGUUAUUGGCUCACGCAGCGUCCUGCCGCCCCCAGCCAGGCACGGUGUGCACGUACCCCAAGUGCAGCAUGGUGAAGAUGCUGUUCCGCCACGGCACCAUCUGUGCCGGAUCUCAAGGAGGUUCCGGCGGUCAGACUUUUGAGGCGCCUCUAAAGUCGUCUAUAUGCCCUUUCUCGUUGCCCGUUGCCCUUGAUGAUCUAUUCUUUCCGCCCACUCGCAGGGAUCUCAAGGAGCAUUUCCGGCGGUCGGCACAGCAGAUGGAGUCGAGGCGGCGCAAGGCUGUGCAGGAGAUGAUGAGGCAGAGAGCAGCGGAGGCGGCUGGAGGGGCGCUCAAAAGAUGA